AUGUGGUUGUCCUUUCUGUUCGUGGUGUGUUUUGCCUCAAUCGUCUCGUCGUAAGUGGAACGUUUUGCCGACCAGACCGCGUUCAGGUCCGUGAGUCCAAACUUUUUCCAACACCCCGAAGACGGUGGCAAGAUACACGCGGUAAUAGCGGCCGGUUCCCUUGGCAUCGGGAAUUACCGCCAUCAGGCGGACGCGUGCCAUGCAUACCAUGUCUUAAGAAAACAUGGGGUUGAGGAGGAAAACAUAAUCUUGAUGAUGGCCGAUGAUGUUGCCAAUGACAAAAAGUAAGCGUCGCAUCCGAAAUCACUUCUGUUCGUAGAAACCCAACCCCCGGCAAGCUCUACAACAAUCCCGCCCGUGAUACGGACGUGUACGAAGGGUGCAAGGUCGAUUAUCGUGGAGCGGACGUGAAUCCCACCACGUUUAUGAACGUCUUGACUGGGAACGACGUUGGAGAGGGACCGGUGCUGAACAGCACCGAGAAGGACAAGGUGUUUGUGUAUUUUGUGGACCAUGGUGAAGACGGAGUGUUAGUCUUUCAGUCCAACGACACUGACAACGUUCUCUCCGUGCAAGACUUGAACGACACAUUGUCCGAGAUGACGCGGAAAGGCAUGUACAAAGAACUGGUGUUCUACGUGGAAGCUUGUCUCUCCGGAAGCAUGUUUCAGCCUAUCGCGAAGAACUUUGAGAAUCUGUACGCCAUCACCGCCGCGAACGGAGAGGAAUCCUCUUAUCCCGAUUACUACGUCGACGAUUGGAACAUCUACCUUGGCGACGAAUUCUCCGUCGCUUGGAUGGAAUACUCCGACGCCCACGAUCUUCGGCACACCACCCUACAAGAGCAGUUUGCCGCUGUGAAAGCUCGAACCUAUUGCAGCCAUGUUCAGCAGUUUGGGAACUUGGAGAUUGCUGGCGAGGACAUUGGCGACUUCCAAGGCCAAGCCGACGCCGCCGAGGUUAUAACGGCGGUAAGUUUAUAUAUUCAUGUACGAUCGAGGGUGUCGGGGCUAGCUUGCUUUCGGUUUUUUUACGGUACUAUAUUAUGUUGCUUAGUUCAACGACAGCCACAUGUGCAAUCGUACAGAUCCAACCCUCCUUCAAAUGCAAAUGAAACUCACAAGGCUGGAAAAAAACAGCGAUUCAGAAGAAUUGGCACAACUAAGAGCAGAGAUCGCCGACUACAUGGCUUAUCAACAAUCAACUGAAAACGAACUUAACAGCUUCAUCGACAAAGUUGCCACCACGGAAGGAUUGAGGGCCCUAGUCACCAGGCCUUUACCGAUCGUCAACUUGGAGUGUCAUCACAAGGUGGUCAACUACUUCAGCCAAAACUGUCGCAGUAUCACAAAGGUACGCUAUGGGGUCUUGAAUUUUACUGACCUUAUAUUUUUAGAGUCCACGCGGGCUUCUCUUUAAGAUUGUCAACUUGUGCUAUGCAAUGAGUUCGGAUGAGAUUAUUGAACAUAUGGCUGACCAUUGGCAAGUGCAACGUGACCCUUUUCCUUACUAAUGGGUCGAUUAAUGGUCACAUUUCCAAUUAAUCAUUGCAACUGCUUAAAGUUUUGAAUAAACACUAAAUAUUCGACAUCCUUUGAGGUUACUUGGCAGUCGGAGAAAACCACCAAUAUUCAUUCCACUGUUUAUAAAAACCUAUGAAACCCGUAUCCUGCAGAGGCAACAUAUCAAUGCCAGUGCUCACCCUUUGCAAGUUCAGGCGCGAUAUCUAACGAACUUUGCGACCGGAAGAGCAAGCACGUGAACCACGAGCCGCGUCAUUAGUGGAGUCUGUUGUCAAAACUAAGGAUUUUCAUACUCCACACUCUCCCUGUUUUUUUGCUCAGUCAUUCUAGUGUGUCAACAAGACAGAAAACUUAAUUAACCUGGUUAUAGUCCGUGCUAUUAGAUUUACUAUUGUAUUACUCCCAAAAAAUGUCAUAUAGUAUAGUAUUAUCCUGGCCGCCAUGUCAUACUUUUCAUACUUCAGUCUCGCUCUUCACCACAUUUUUUAAUGUUAUGUCAUAUCGCAGCGCUUAUGUCGCAUUCACUUGCAUUCAUGGGGCCAUCUCAUGUUUUUUGUGCCUGUCGGUGAUUUGGAUGUCAGCGAAGAUUCAGAAACAAAGAAUCGGAAAUGAAUACAGCACUGUGAUUGGGUUCAACGCCAUCUUGGACUUACUAUUCACUGUAGUCUUUAUGGUUGUGAUGCAGGUAAGGCGACAUCAUAUAAUUCGUCAGUCUGUCGGGAAAUUAAUGUGGACUCCUCUGGCCUUGGAACACCCAUUAUCGCUUUGCGACGGCUAGCCGCGGCCGGGGAUUUGGUGCGCAGCUGUGCCGGGGCUUGGCGUUUUGCUACGACAAAUCCACAUUAUUUUCGCGACAGACCAAUAAUCCAUUAUUUCUUGCCAGGCACCACAUCUGAAAGGGAACUACAGCUUUUUCGUGAUCAAAAACCCCCUUCUUCGCGGACUACCGUAUUGGCUGUCGUGUGCCGUACUUGCUCUCUGCGUUAUCCCCAUGUUUUCGAUACCUGCACUGUCGGCUACUCAUUUUUGGUAUCGCUACAACACUAUGGUCAAGAGCAAUUCCGUGUCGGUUGGACAAUACGUAAAACGGUACAUGGUAUUUGUUGUGUGGUUGGGACUUCACAGUGUUCUCCUGGGAUACUACGGAUACCAAGUUGGUGAUAUGAAAGGUCUUGUGGAGAGAGUUGCAGCGUAUCGAGAGGAUACGCCAAGCUAUAUGAUCUUUGAUGAGGUUAGCUCUAGUGUAAUAUGAUAUACUUUAGUCGUCUCGUUUUUACAGAACGAUCCGUUAACUGUGCCGGUGCUGUUGAAUGCACAGUCAAUGUUUCUUGUCGAGUAUGCAUUGAUUAUCUUUUGCGGAGUCAAAAUAAUCAAAACCAUGAAGAAAAAUCGAACCGAGGUGACGCAACGAACGCUUAGUGGUCAAAAAUAUGUGAUUAGAGUCAUGUUUUUGCAGGUAAAUAAGUAUGACUACAAUACGCCAGUUUUAAUGAUAGGCCAUCUAUCCGUUGAUUACGUAUUUCGCCCCCAUCACAUUUGUCACGAUGACUUCGAUCCUGCAGGUAGACGGAGGCUCUCUCGGCUACGUGGGCUAUUGUUUCUUGCAGACCCUGCCGACCUUGAAUAGCCUGUCUACGUUACGUUUGAUUCCCUCGUAUCGCAAGAGAUUAUUGAUGGGAAAAGAGUCGGGUUUGUUCAAGAAAGCGGAGGGUGCGACAGCAACUCAAGAGAUUAGUACGGUCAAGAGGAAGGUCGUAACGUGA